AUGAAGUUCUCCGCUGUCCUCGCUGUCUUCGCCCCUGUGGCUCUUGCCCAGACCUCUCUCGGCCAGUCGGCUUCCUCGGCUCUUGGCUCCGCCUCUAGCAGCGUCUCCUCUGUUCUCGCUUCCCAGAGCUCUAACGCUGCCUCCGUCAGCUCCUCCGUCAGCUCCCAGGUCAACAGCAUCUCCACCAGCGCCGACUCUGCUGUCGCUUCCGUCACUAGCAAGGCUGGCGACUCCCUCUCUUCUCUCGAGUCUCAGCUCUCCACCGCCACUGGCUCCGACCGUGAUUCCAUCACCUCUGCCAUUGCCUCCAUCACCAGCGGUGCCAACUCUGCCAUCAGCUCCAUCACCAGCAAGGCCGGUUCUGCUGCUAGCUCUGCUACCAGCAACCCUGCCGCUCCCAUGAAGACCGGUGCCGUUGCCAUGGGUGCCCUCUUCGGUGGUGCUGCCGUCAUUGCCAACCUCUAA